AUGGCUCCUCGUCGCAAAGAGCCUACUCCAACUGAAGUCGAUUCAGGCUCUGAUGCUGAAUUGAAUUUUAGCAUCGACUAUAAGCCAAGCACAAGUAUACCACAGGCUAUGGAAAGCAUCGACAGAUGGAAAUCGAAGCGGGCCGAGAUCCAGAAGGGCAUCGACAAGGAUUAUACAGAAAAGUUAACUGGCAUAAAGAAUAAGAUUAAGAAACACUACCGUGACGAAGCACAGGAAAUGACCAACCAUCAGCAGCAGCAAAUUCAGCGGUUAAUAGCAGCGCUCGAGAAACGAAUAGCCUGCGAAGAGAAGAUCAGAAACCGUAUCGACUCUCUACGAGACGACUGUGACCAUAUGGCCAUGUUAAUGAAUGCAAUAUAUGCCGGUCGCAAAGAAGCCGCCGCUCAGUCAGCAAAAGCUGCCAACCCUAGCCAAUCCAAAAACUAA